AUGGCAUCCUCAGGUGUUGAAGGAGGAGACAAGUACCGUUCUUAUUUGAGUGGAGAAGGUGAAAAGAACACCAAGUGGAAGUUUGGUGCCCCUCCUAGCUAUGAUAUUGUGAACAAGCUCUUCGAAGAAGGCAGAACCAAGAUAUGGCCACCUGGGUCACUAGAAGAUGAGGUACAGAACCUUGUGAAGACAUGGGAGAUGGAGCUUUUCCACAAGGCCAAGCUUGAUGAUUUCAAGACGCUUGAUCCCAAUAAGUACACUUUCAGUCUAAAUGGAAGGAAAGGCAUAACCCUGGAAGAAAUAGGCAAACUUGGAGGGGGCUACAACCCUUUGCUUCAGACCUCACUGCCUGAGAAUCUGAGAGGAUAUAAUCCUGAUAAGGAGACAGCAGAGUCAUCCCAUAAGGCUUUCACAACAACAUUCCCUCGUGGGUUUGCCUUGGAGGUCCUUCAAGUCUAUUCUGGGCCACCAGAGAUUGUGUACAAAUUCAGGCACUGGGGUUACAUGGAGGGGCCUUUCCAGGGCCAUGCCCCAACUGGAGAAUUGGUUGAAGUCUAUGGAAUGUCCAUUUUUACGGUGGAUGAGAACAAAAAAAUUGUGAAGGUGGAGUUCUUUUACGACCCUGGACAACUGCUUGGAGGUCUUUUGAAGGGUGAAAAAUUGGGUACUUCUUCCCAAGAGACAGCCUCAAGCUGCCCUGUCCUUAGGAGUACAGGGUAG